AUGGCGAACCUCAAGCAGAGCUUGUACUCGCAGCUCACCCGAGCGAAGGAACGGCACGUCGUGCAGCAGCUCGUCGCCACGCUCUCGAGGAAAGACUUGGUGUGCGAUUGCCGGGAUCGCACCGUCCUGGUCACUGCGCUGGGCAAGUGCUCCUUAUGGCCCCAGGCCCUGCAGCUCGUCGCCCAUCCACCGCAUCUCGUCGACGUGAUCCUCAUGGGCGCUUUGGUCACGGCUUGCGGCCGCGGACGCGCCUGGGCCCAGUCUUUGGAAUGCCUCCAGUGGAUUCAAGACUUGGGCCUUGAACUUGGUCUCUUCACGCUGAACGCAGCGGCCAACGCCUGUGUUUCCGCGCAUGCCUGGGCCAUGGCGCUGCACCUCCUGGACCUGGACAACAGGGACGAUUUGAGGCCGAACACCGUGAGCUGCAAUAUCAUGCUCAGUGCCUGUGACAAAGGUGGCCAGUUGCAGGUCCGGCAUUCGCUGCUGCGGAGCAUGGAGGAUGCACAGCAGGCGCCCAGCCUGAUCACCUUGAACACGCUCAUCGAUCUUUGCGAGGCGGCGGCGGACUGGGCUUUGGCCUUGAAGCUCUUAGAUGCUUGGCCAAUCUGA